AUGCGUGUAAAUAGCGAUGUGCCGCUCGCACACCGGAAUGGUGAGCCCGACCCCCGACACAUACAGAACGUAACCGCCAAAGGGGAGUACGGGAAGGAAGCGGUCCUCACGUGUCUUAUCAGCAAGCAGGACAAUCCGAACGUGAUAUGGAUGGUCGAAGGGAAAACUGAGCCCAUAAACUAUGAAGUGACCGAAGCAACAACUGCCGCGGUCCCUGUUACGGGAACCCCGGAAACAGUAAAAUACACAACCGAGAUCAAAAACCAGUCUUACAUCCUGAAAAUCGCGAACGCCACAGAGGAUGACGCAAGGAACUACACUUGCGUGGUCCGAGGGGAGGCCAGGACUGAAUACUUGAAUAUAAGCUUUCCUGGGAAACCGGUCUCCAUGAAAUCUGAUCCUAAGGCGGACUCCAAUAGUAUUGUGCAGUUCAAUUUGCCGGCGGACAAGAAUAAGACGCUGACGCUCACAUGCGAGUUUGAGGUUUACGACCAAACUGAGAUCGAAUGGAUACUACAACGAUACAACGAAGAAGAUAUUCCUUUAAACGGGACCACGACCAAAAACAUGAAAAAGCUCAUCAGCACUUACAGUACACAGAUAUCAAAAGAAUCAUUCGACAUCCAGAAUGGGACCCAUAUAUGUCGCGUUUGGGAUUCCCAUGGAUACAAAAACUUAACCAGCCAAAUACAUGUUAAAAUUGUCGCUCAUCCCGUGGUCACAAUAAUAUUCGCUAAGCCGGUCAGCUCCUCAGCGAUCUACUUAAACUGGACAGUAAAACAAUACAACUCCGACAUCAAAAGAUACGAAUUGAGAUACAAAAAUACUACGGAAACCGACUAUCACUUCAGUCCGACUUCAAUAAACAAAACUGCGAAUUUCUAUGUCCUUGGCGGAUUAGCGAAAAACACCACGUACGAGUUGAAACUGAAAGUGGAAACUGGUGCUGGGAGCAAUCACGAUGAGAUCUCGAAUCUGACCACAUUGCCGAAAGACCCUGACUUCGUCCCGAAUAUUUCUAUCAAUGGAUUCACGGCACGUUCCAUGACUAUCGGUCUUAGUGCCCCGCCUAGCGACGUAGCCGAGUACGUACAUUAUUAUCAGCUGGAGGUGUGGAAGAAAGUCGACAAAAAUAACACAACUGAGAACGCGGUUCAUAUUAGAGACGACAGGAAUCUGCCAUACAUGUUUAACAACCUCGAUCCGCACACAACCUACGUUUUUAGGGCGAAGGCUUGUUUCGAAUAUGGAGGCAACUACAACUGCUGCGGAAACUGGUCUAAAGAAAUGGAGGCGUUAACUAUGGACGGGAUACCCAACGAGCCGAACAAUUCCGUUAUAUACUGCGACUUCUCCGUGGAACAGGGGUACUACAUGAAUCUCACGUGGGAGCAGCCCACCAGGCCCAAUGCUGAAAUUAAAGGAUACAUGAUGGAGGUGACAGGCAACGCGACUUAUAUCGACCGGUUCGGCAAAUUAAAGAUGGAUACGUUCGGACCGCUCACCAAACUGUUCACUAACGAGACGUUUCUUGCCAGGGUACCAGACCUGAAGCCCAACAUGAACUACACGGUGCGGCUGAUGGCGAUGACGAGGUCCCGUCGCCGAGGACAGGAAAAGGUUGUCUACUGCACCACGGGCCGCGGGCCGCCCGACUUCCCGCCACGGCCGAGCUGGCGCAAGGUUGAAGAGAAAAAGGGGGAUACUUCUGAAUAUUCGCUCAGAGUACGGGUUCCCCGUAUUCCGGAGCGAAACGGCCCUAUUUGCUGUUACAGGGUGUACCUAGUGCGUCUACCUAAAGGCAAGGGCUGGAUCUCCACCAACCCUCAGGACCUGCCCGUCAUCACGUGGGCAGAAGCCCACGCUGCCAACUCGGACUACGAGGAGGGCGCUUACGUAACUGACAUAUUUAACCACGAUAAUUUCCCCAAAGUCGAACUGAUACUCGGCGACGACAUAAGUGAGACCAUGCCACGUAAAGAUGACAACAACACGUGCAGCCGCUGCUUCGAGCGGCCCCUGAGAAAAGAACCCCCUACUACUGCGAAGAUUGCUAUAGUCACCGCUGAGCCAGAUUAUGACGAGAAGACCACGGAAGUAGCGAAGACUAAAAGAUCAUUGGAUGUGAGCAACAACCGCUGUUUUUUUCGUCUACUGAUAAAAGAACCCCCUACUACUGCGAAGAUUGCUAUAGUCACCGCUGAGCCAGAUUAUGACGAGAAGACCACGGAAGUAGCGAAGACUAAAAGAUCAUUGGAUGUGAGAGAGGAUCAGUUAAUCACGCCGACAGACGGGAAAUUGGACCCAUCAGUGAACUAUACGCUCUUCGUUGAAUUAAUACCGGGCACGGACGAUCCCUCCCUAUACAGCAGCUACACUAAUGCACUCAACACGGCCAUACCGCCGCAGAUCAUUGCCGCCAACAACAUGGAAACUGCACUACAGAUAUGCUGCGGUGUGGCCGCUCUACUCCUAUUGGCUACAAUCAUCUUCUGCGUCGUUCACACGCGGCGCGUACGCAAGCAGCCGCUGCGUCACGCACAUGUCGAGCUCAACCCCAUACAGGCCGCGCUGAGAUACGUGGUGGGGCAUAUAGGCGGGCGCACGCCGCUGGUGUCUGCGCCGCCGCCCGACAUGCCGCCCAUCGCGCUCGAGGACCUCGCCGCCGCAUACGCCGAGCGGCAGGCCGACUCCGACUACGGCUUUCAGAAGGAAUUCGAGCUGCUACAGAUGCUCCCCGAAUGCUACCCGGACCGCACCACACACGCCUCCGAAGCGCGCGAGAACCAACCCAAGAACCGCUACCCCGACAUCAAAGCGUACGACCAGACGAGAGUCAAGCUCUCACAGAUAGAUGGCAUCACUGGCUCGGACUAUAUUAACGCGAACUAUGUCAUGGGAUACAAGGAGCACAAGCAGUUCAUUUGCGCCCAAGGCCCAACAGACACGACCGUCAACGACUUCUGGCGCAUGAUCUGGGAACACGGGCUGGAGCUGAUCGUGAUGCUGACCAACUUGGAGGAGUACAGCAAGGUGAAAUGCUCCAAGUACUGGCCGGAUGAGGACCGUGGCUCGCGGGCCUUCGGCGCCAUCACAGUGCAUCACGUCUCUGAGAAACGAUACUCUGAUUACAUAGUGAGAGAGUUGAAAAUCGUAAAGCAGGCCACCAACUCUGAGGGCCAGCCGAUAGUUGAAAACAACGGCGUUGCCAAGAGGAACGGAGAUUGCAAAGACCCAGAGAGCGGAAGCGCGCCCACGUCCCCACGGGAAGUAAAAGACAGCACCCGCGUCGUGCGGCAGUACCACUUCCUCAUGUGGAAGGACUUCGCAGCGCCGGAGCAUCCGCAGUCCAUACUCAAAUUUAUCAAGCGUAUGAACGAAGCAUGGUCGCACCUGAUGGGCCGGCCAGUGGUGGUCCACUGCUCGGCCGGCGUGGGCCGCACGGGCACGCUGGUGGCGCUGGACUGCCUGCUGGAGCAGCUGCGCACCACGCGCCGCGCGGCCGUGUUCACCACCGUGGCCGAGCUGCGCCGCCAGAGGAACUUCCUGGUGCAGUCGCUGAAACAAUACGUGUUCGUCUACCGGGCACUAGUCGAGUACGCUCAUUACGGCGACACAGAGAUCCCAGCGUCGCGACUCAAGUCCAGCAUCGAUCGCCUGAGGAACACGGCAGAGGGCGCUGACAAGUGCCUCAUGGAGCACGAGUUUGAGAAAAUGAUGAACCCGCCUGUAACAGAACCAGUAAAGUCCUGCUCAGCGGCCUCCGUGGAAGAGGCCCGGGUCAAGAAUCGAAGCCCGGAAUACCUGCCCUAUGACCGCAACCGCGUGAUAUUGGCACCAGCCCCGCCUCUGCAUUAUUCCACAUACAUCAACGCGUCGUUCAUUGAAGCAUACGACAAUUCGGAAGGGUUCAUAAUCACGCAAGACCCGCUACCAAACACCAUCGUGGACUUCUGGCGGAUGGUGGCCGAGCACAACGUAUCCACCAUCGUUAUGCUAAGCGAACUGGGCGAAGGCAAGUGCCCGCGCUACUGGGACGACGGUACAGCGCAAUACGAGCACAUCUCGGUGCAGUAUGAAGAGAGCGAAUCCUGCCCGUACUACACGAGGCGGCAGUUCCGGGUCACUAACAACAAGAGCGGCGACGUGUGCGUGGUGCGGCAGCUGCAGUACCAGGGGUGGCCAACCGCGCCCGGGCACGUGCCCGAGGUGACGCGCGGGCUGGCCGAGCUGGCCGACGCGGCGCGCCAGCAGCCCGCGCCGCAGCAACACGCCGAGCCCACCAUGCUGAUGCACUGCCAGUAUGGCACGGAGCGAUCGGCGCUGUUUGCGGCGCUUUGCAUACUGAUCGCGCAGCUGCGCAACGAGCGGCGGGUCGACGUGGCCGCCACGGCUCGGAAAGUGCGCUCGCAACGCGCCGGCACCAUCAAUACAUUCUUGCAAUACGAAUUCCUCCACCGUGCCAUACUCAACUACGCUGAGCUGCAUAACCUACUGGAAGACAGUUAAACUAUCUUCCCCACGCCUUUAGCGCUAAAAUGGACUUUAUCCCAUGCACGGUAGGCUCAAUUUACCUGCACACCCCAUGUGGGCAACGACGCUCAAACUUUUGUAA